AAAGAUUAACAUCCGGCUCUACUUUGAUUGGCUUAAUUGCUUCGCCCUGUCAUGUCAGUCAGUGCAGACCCAACAGAGCCAGCGCCCUGGGAUUUCAUCCGCAUAGCCAUGGUGAUUGGUCCUGUCAGUGGAUACUUUCAUCAAUACUACACCAUGUACAAUAUGAAGACAUCCAUAGGAUUCAGUAGUGUCACUUGUGGUGUACUUAUCAUAUCAAGCAUCAUCCGUAUCUUUUUCUGGAUCGGAGACCCAUUCGACAUAGCGCUGUUGUAUCAGUCCAUAUUGAUGACUGUUGUGCAACUUUUCCUCCUGGAACUCUGUGUACGGUACUACCCCUGGACAGUACAGUUGCCUACACCUAUCACACAUUCUCGCCCUCCCUCUCGUCCUUCCUCUCGCAAUUCUCAUAACAACAGCAACAACAGUUAUACUAUCCCAACGACAAUGAGUCGUCAAGGAUCUGACCACAUCACUACCAGAGCUUCAAGGUAUCAUAGUCAAGGAUGGUACAAGAAACAUGCAAUUUACUGGGGUACUCAUUUUUGGAACUGGCCCACUAUCUGGCCAUAUUAUAUCUUUCUUGCCUUCUUCACCUUGUUCGUCGGGCUGUCCCUCUUGAUCAUCGGGAAGACUGAAUUUUAUGUUGGCCUCUUGGGCCUUGCAGCAUUAGGGAUCGAAUCGACCGUACCAAUGCCUCAAGCAAUUCAAAACUAUCAAUCAAAAUCAACUGCUGGGUUCUCGCCAGCGAUUUUAUUAAUGUGGGUCGUCGGAGACUCAUUUAAAACAUAUUACUAUAUUACCACAGGAGCCAAAUAUCAGUUUAUUGGCUGUGGCAUCAUCCAACUUUGUGUCGAUUGCGUCAUAAUUAUCCAGACUAUCAUCUAUUCAAAGUACUGGAAAGGUGCAGCCCGACGGCGGUAUCAUGCGUCUGCCGUAGAGGAAGGAAGGGGAGGAGGAAAAGGAAGAGGGAGAGGACUAGGACAACUGGGAGAUUAUUUUUUAACUGGCUGGCCUUGGUCUCAGGAUCGUACCGGGAGUACGCAAGUGAAUGAUAGAUCUAGCUCAGAGGCUUUGUUGGCAGGUAAUGGCGAAGAUGAUGAUGAUAAUGAUGAUGAGAUCCUGCCUUACCGUCACCAGCCAUCACAUCAUCAUUAAUAGUUAUGACUACCAUGACAAUUCACCUAAAAAGCAUUAACGCUUUGAUAUGUUUUUUUUUACUAUCCUGAUGUCCAUAAUGCAAAUAAAAAUA